UUGUGCUGUGUCUGACGCCAAACUGAGUUCCUUGGAGAACCAUGUCAUUAGACUUUGGCAGUGUGGCACUACAGACACAAAAUGAAGACGAAGAAUAUGACAAUGAAGACUAUGAAAGGGAGAAAGAGUUGCAGCAGUUACUCACAGACCUUCCUCAUGAUAUGCUGGAUGAUGACCUCUCCUCUCCUGAGCUCCACUAUUCAGACUGCAGCGAGGAUGGCGUAGAGGAAGAAGCACAUCAUUCUGAGCAAUUGGAGAUGAACUGGAAUGAGCAUCAAGUGCUGCCCAAAUCUCAAAGUGUAAAUGACUGUAAUGAACUAAAGGGUUUCUAUGUUGGAGAGAAAUGUGGCAAUGGCUGGGAAGAAAAUCGAAGUAAAACUGAAGACCGGUAUCCUGGGUACCAUCUUGAAGAAGGAGGAGAUGAAGGCGGAAGUGGUUAUAGUCCUCCAAGUCCUCCUCACAUUUGUGAACAGACUGAUUUAUAUCACCUUCCUGAAAACUUCAGGCCGUAUACCAAUGGUCAGAAGCAGGAAUUUAAUAACCAACCAACCAAUGCAAUUACAUUUUCGGAUUCUCAAAGGAACCAUUUUCAGGGUCCCAGUUGUCAAGCUUUGGAACCAUAUAAAGUGACAUAUAUACCUUAUCAGUCUUCUGCCCAGAAUAAUGGCUCACCAGCCCAGGAGAUAGCAGGAAGUGACACAUUUGAAGGCCUGCAACAGCAAUUUUUAGGAGCUAAUGGAAAUUCGGCAGAAAAUAUACAGAUUAUUCAACUUCAGGUUCUUAACAAAGCAAAAGAGAGACAAUUAGACAAUUUAGUUGAAAAGUUAAAUGAAAGUGAACAUCAAAUUCGAUAUCUGAAUCACCAGCUUCUGAUGAUCAAAGAUGAAAAGGAUGGUUUGACCCUCAGCCUUCGAGAAUCACAGAAACUCUUUCAGAAUGGAAAAGAAAGAGAGAUACAGCUUGAAGCACAAAUAAAAGCACUGGAGACCCAAAUACAAGCAUUGAAAGUCAAUGAAGAACAGAUGAUCAAGAAGUCCAGAACAACAGAAAUGGCUCUGGAAAGCUUGAAGCAGCAACUAGUGGACCUUCACCAUUCUGAAUCACUUCAACGAACCAGAGAGCAGCAUGAGAGCAUUGUCAUGGGCCUCACAAAGAAGUAUGAAGAGCAAGUGUUGUCCUUACAGAAGAAUUUGGAUGCUACGAUUACUGCAUUUAAGGAGCAGGAAGUCAUUUGCUCUAAUUUGAAAGAUCAUGUGAAACAACUGGAAAGGAAUGAAGAAGCAAUCAAAUUAGAAAAGACUGAGAUCAUUAACAGGUUGACGAGAAGUCUAGAGGAGAGUCAACAGCAGUGUGCCCACUUGUUGCAGUCAGGCUCAGUACAGGAGGUGGCUCAGCUACGGCUCCAGCUGCAGCAAGCACAAAAGGCACACGCUAUGAGUGAAAACAUGAACAAGGCUUUGCAAGAAGAAUUAACAGGACUCAAACAUGAAAUUUCUCUCUAUGAAUCUGCUGCAAAACUAGGAAUACCCCCAAGUGACUCAGAAGGAGAAUUAAAUAUAGAACUCACUGAAUCAUAUGUGGAUUUGGGUAUUAGAAAAGUCAACUGGAAAAAAUCCAAAGUUAACAGCAGUGUGCAGCAAGAAGACCCAAAUGAAGAGCUUUUGAAAGAUGAGGUCAUUCUGAAGUUGAAAGCAGAAGUGCAGCGUUUGCUGGGGAGCAACUCAGCAAAGCGUCAUCUGGUAUUUCAGUUACAAAAUGAGCUCAAAGGCUGUCAUAAAAAAAUUGAGGAUCUCCAAGUGAAGAAGGAUGAGAACAGCAUUGAAGUCGAGAUUAAAACAGAUACCUCAGAAAAAACAGCUAAUCAAUUACGGCCUGUCUCUUCUACUUCCAAUGUGAUUGCCAAAGAUGACAUUCUGCAACUUAAAAAUGAAAUUCAAGUUUUACAACAACAAAAUCAGGAACUUAAAGAAACUGAAGAAAAACUGAGAAAUACAAAUCAAGACUUAUGUAAUCAAAUGAGACAAAUGGUACAGGAUUUUGACCAUGAUAAACAAGAAGCUGUGGAUAGGUGUGAGAGGACUUAUCAGCAACACCAUGAAGCCAUGAAAACCCAAAUACGUGAAAGCCUAUUAGCAAAGCAUGCUUUGGAGAAGCAGCAGCUCUUUGAGGCUUAUGAGGGGACUCACUUGCAACUUAGGUCUGACUUAGAUAAGAUGAAUAAGGAGAUGGCUGCUGUUCAGGAAUGUUACCUAGAAGUGUGCAGAGAGAAGGAUAAUCUAGAAUUGACCCUCAGGAAGACCAUUGAAAAGGAGCAACAGGCUCAGGAGAAGAAGAGACAGCUAUUGGAGGAAAGAGAAGAAUAUGUAAGCAAACUGCAGAUAGAACUCAAAGAAAAGUACCAAGAUACUCUGAUGAUGGAAAAGAACAAGUGGCUGAAAGAACAAGAAACUGAUAUUAAACAGCAGGUUGAAAAUGAAGUGAUGUUAGCCAAAGCACACUGGGACGAAGAACAGAAAGUGAUCAAACAAAAACUCAUUCAACAGCUUGAAAUGGAGUGGCAGUCUAAGCUGGAUCAAAGUGUAAAUGCAGUGAAAAAGAUGAUCUCAGACUGUGGCAGCCAGACUGACCAAGCAACCACCACUGAUAUCAUUUCCAAGAAAGAGAUGGCAGUUGUGAUAGAAGAGCAUACGCAGAAGAUCCAGCAAGAGUUAGAACAAGAGAAAGAGAUCGCUGUCAAGAGGGCUUUGAAGAAACUCGAAAUUGAAUUGGAACUCAAGUAUUGUGAAAACAUUGCCAAACAGGUCGAAACAGCUGUGCAGAAUGCUCGUCAUCGAUGGCUGGAAGAACUGCCUGGGCUUGCAGAGUACAGAGCACGUGUGAGAGCAGAGCAGAAGAAGUGGGAGCAACAGCAAGAGAGCUCUGUGGCCAAGCAGAUAUCAAUGGCCGUUUCUGAAGCUAAAGAGAAAUGGAAAAGUGAGCUUGAAAAUAUGAAGAAAAAUGUAAUACCCAGUAAGGAAUUGGAAGAGAAGAUUCAUUCUCUUCAGAAGGAACUAGAGUUAAAGAACGAGGAAAUCCCUGUGGUUGUCAGGGCUGAGUUGGCUAAGGCUCGGAGUAUAUGGAACAAAGAAAAGCAAGAAGAAAUCCACAGAAUUCAAGAACAAAAUGAGCAAGAUUACCGGCAAUUUUUAGAUGAUCAUCGAAAUAAAAUUAAUGAGGUGCUUGCGGCAGCUAAAGAAGACUUUAUGAAACAAAAAACUGAACUACUUCUUCAGAAAGAGACAGAAUUACAAACAUGUCUAGACCAGAGUCAUAGAGAAUGGACUGUUCAGGAAGCCAGGCGGAUCCAACUGGAAAUCUAUCAGUAUGAGGAAGACAUCCUAACUGUACUUGGAUUUCUCUUAAGGGAUACCCAAAAGGAGUACGUCGGUGGGUCAGAGGACAAGCAGCUUAUGGAAAUCAUGUCGACCUGUUCUUCAAAAUGGGUGACUGAGCAAUAUUGUGAAAAAUUAAAGGCCUGCAUAAAGAAAGCAUUUCAAGAUACAUUUUCCCUACUUAUAGAAAAUGCUGACCCAGAAUGGGAAAAGAGAAAUAUGGCCGAGAUCUCUAAGGAUCCUGCCAGCGAGCACAUUGGCAGAGGAGACCCUGGAGUCCCGGCAGCCCUUCAUGCACCCACUUCUGGACAACACAUUCAGCCCCUGGCCUUGCAAGACACAGAAGCAGAAGCAGAAGAGAAUAGUAAAGUUGUUGAAGAAUUAAUAGAAGAAAACAAUGACAUGAAGAAUAAAUUGGAAGAACUGCGAAUACUUUGUAAAAUACCACCAAGGUCAUUGUCAGAAGGGGCCAUUGAAAAUGCUUGCCUGCGGUACAAUGGGAGGGCCUUGGAAGAACUUCGUGGGCAGUACAUUAAAGCUGUAAAAAAAAUUAAGUGUGACAUGCUUCGUUAUAUUCAGGAGAGUAAGGAAAGAGCUGCAGAAAUGGUAAAAGCAGAGGUACUGCGAGAACGUCAAGAAACAGCCCGAAAGAUGCGCAAAUAUUAUUUGAUUUGCCUCCAACAGAUUUUGCAGGAUAAUGGAAAAGAAGAAGGGGCUGAGAAAAAGAUUAUGAAUGCUGCUAGCAAACUUGCUACAAUGGCAAAAUUGCUGGAAUCGCCUAUUUCCAAUAGACCCCAGAGCAAAACUACACAGUCAGCACUGCCCCUGACUUCAGUGAUGCUGAUUGGAGUUGAAAAAUCAAAAAGAAGUGAUGUGAAUCAGAAUAUACCACAUUAUAUUGAAAGCAAAUCAAGCAGUGUAAAAACUGUCCCCAGAAGUAUGUGUGAACAAGUUCCUAAGAGGAGGGCUGCUUGUAACUUACGGAGGCGGUUAGAGGACUCAGAGCAUGGGGACAUAAAGCAUGUGGAUUCCAAAGAGUCACAUUUGGACUUUCAGUUUGGGGAUAGGAGUUGCAAGCACCAAGAUAUUUUGCCAAGAAAUGUUUCUCCUGAGUUUGUUCCUUGUGAAGGUGAAGGAGGCUUUGGUUUAUACAAGAAGAAUGACCUACUUAGUGAUACUGGUUCUGAAUCACUUCUACAUUCAGCCGCAUACCCCUUUCGUGGAACCUUCAGAAAAAAACCCUCACCUAGAUGUACCUCUGGUCUUUCUGAAUCAGGAUCCACAAAUAUGACCUUUCAAGGUCCUGAUGAAAGACCUGGUUUAAAAGUAUAUACGUGUAAUCCAGUAAUGGAAAGUGAAAAUGCUGCAUCUGAGAAAAGUCAAGGUUUAGGAGUUCAGGAAGCUCCAGUAAAGGAUGGAGGGGAUCUUAGUGACUCCUUAGGUUGGCAUUCCAAAAGUGCAACUUUACCCUGUAACAGCCAUGAAGUGUCAUUUUUACACAGUAGGCCACAAGGAACUCAGGAUAUACUAGGUGAGUUUGUUAAUUUCAAACAGUUUUCAGCAACCAAUUGUCUUUCAGAUACAGAGAAAAAUAAUAUGAUUUGUCAACAGAUGAAAUGUCACAGUGAUCACGCUCCAGACCUGUCCGAAGAAGCCAUGUACUCUCAGCCAGGGAAGAUCAGUGUGACCCUUGGACAUCCGUCUUGUCAUAAGGCUGAUACAUUAAAGUCAGAUUUCAAAAAACUGAGCAGUACAGUACCAUCUUCAGUGUGUCGGCAGCCUUCACGGAAAGUAAUUGCUCCCUUGUCUAGCCAACAAGAUAGUGGCUUUGAUAGCCCAUUUUUCAAUGUAGACUAAUUGUUGUACAGUAUUGAAGAAGAAUCAUUAAAAUAUUGACAAGAAAACUGGAAGGGAAGACUUCAUACUGAAAAAAUUGUGAGCUCUGCCUAUUUUGAGAUAUUUUAAUAACAUAUAUGAGUAAAGUAAUCUCAUAAAACUACUUGAGAUACUUAUUUUCCCUCAUGUGGUGCUUAUAUUGGUUGCUAAUUCAUCUGUUUUUAUACUUCUAAAUUGGAAUUGUUAAUUUAAAUAAACUUGCCUAUUGUCUGUAGAAUUGUUAUGAAUUAUUUUGUAGUUUAUUAUAUAAGAAAUAUUGACAUCAUGUUUGAAAUUCACCCAGAAAAAAAUGUAACUUUGAUUAUCGGCAUCCGUGAUCAGCCAAAUUUACUUUUUGAAAUUAGCCAUGUUUAAUGAGGCUAUAUGCUUAUUCUAGACAAACUUUUCUUUUCUACUUAAUAUU